AUGUCUCUUUUUGCGACGUUCAUGUGGAACUGGGAAGAUCAUCCACGAGGCUUGCGAUCCAGUCUCAUCAACCCAUGGAGGAUUCGGCUUCGCACGGUGGAGUACAACUUGCUCACACAGACAAUCAAGGUUGAAGCACCUAUCAAGAAGAAUGUGAAGCGACCGCGGCUGCUCUCAUUCUUGGAAACAACAGACCUCAUGAAAAAGAGGUAUGGACUGAAUCUGAUCAUUGGGACUCCGACUUGGAAAGAGGCAAUUCCCAAGAAGGCUGGCGAGAAGAAGGGAACUUCCAAGGAAGUUGGACACUUUUGGGAUACAGAAGGAAAAUACUGGGGCACGAACCGUGAGGGCGACCAUUGCGACUGUUGCUGGACAGUUAGCAGGGACUUCACCAACUGGGAACAGAGGUCCAGAGGCGCUGCUGGGUCUGCUGGAAACACGUACACUGGUGCUGGUCCCUCCCGUGGCGGAAGAGGCGGCGGCGGCAGGGGCGGUGGUAGGGGCGGAGCACAAGUCACCAAUGCGUUUGGCACUAUGAGUCUGGGUGAUACCCGUGCCAUGCCGGACUCACACUCUGGACAGACGUACUCAUACAACAAGAGGUUCAGAAGUUGCAACCUCAUCCAGGGUCGAGCCGCCAAGCCCGAUGAGUGUUGCAAGCCGAUAGUUGUCACUGGAGAGGAUGGCGAAUCUCUGCAGACCUGUCCUUUCUGUCAACGUCUUCGACGGCUCUGCACAUUUACAGACGGUCAUACUUUAUGGACCAACUUUGAGAGUAAAGAGAAUAUGUGGUGGAGAGGAUUGACACUCUUUGAGCCUCUCGGGCAGCUUUGGAAGGACUCGUUGUUGAUUGGUAAGUUCAAGGGCGUUGAAACUGUGGUGUACGAUGGCGCGGCUUUCGACCCGGAUGAUGAGAUGGAGGCUGAUGCUAAUGUUUGGCAUGCUUCUGGACGCACGAUGGGGGGCGCGAAGGAAGAGGAUGAGGAGGAACUGGAUGUUAACAAGAUCGCGAAGUUUUUCGAUGCCUAG